AUGCCGCCGCACCUACACCCGCGGUCGCGCAUGACAUCCUCGCUCUUCGCCACAACCGUAGCCGCCAGUUUCUUCGUCGUAGCCCUUCCUCACAUACUCCCGUGCCCCGCGCCGCGCGUAGCAUACGCCGACUCGGAGCUCACAGCAGACGGCACAGGGCAGCGGCGACGGAGAAGGCGACCCGAACCCACCGAAGUGAAGGACGGCGUAGCACAAUUCGAAAGCCCGAGCGAAGAUCUAGAGAAAGUCAGUGCUUUAGCCGCUACGAGAGCGAGGAGGGAGCGGGAGCGGGAAUGCCCUGUGCCGAAACCCGGUGGAGUUAUUGGUGAAUUGAUGGGUUUCAAUAGCAAAUCCAAGACAGAAGAAGUCAAACAAAAGAGGGGGCCGGAUGACGAUACAUAA